CAGAUGGAGGGAGGGUCUCCGCGCGCUCAGCUCUCAGUUUCAUUGACUUCAUCUAAAAACUCAGUUGAACUCUAGUUUUUACUGAUUUUUCGUCUCAGUUUCUUUUAUUCAGUUUGUUCUCAGUUGACUUUUCAGUCUGUCAAAGAAUACCGGAGCCUCGUGCGCUGGAACUGACGGACAGCCGGACGAGACAUAAAGAGGAGCAACAGGAGGUUUCAUCAGCCACUCACACCGGUAAAAUAAGGAUUAAGUUAACGGAGACUUUAGAAACUAACUUUGGCUCUUCGGUUCUGUCUGUCGGCUACUGAUUCAACAUCUGCCGAUACUGUCUGGACCCACAGUCUGACCCAGGAUAUCAGCGGUCUGACCCGGGAUAUGAGCAGCCUGACCGUUUGUUCUCAGAGAUGAGUCCCUCAGUGUGUCAGCGCUGCAGCCUGGUCCUGAUCCUGGUGCUGGUUCAGGUCCUGGUCCUGGUCCAUCCUGCUGCAGGAUACAGUCUGGAUGAGGACCACAGUCUGGAGUUCAGCGGCUCCCCCUCCUCCAUGUUUGGAUACUCAGUCCUGCUGCAUCGUCACGGAACUCAAAGCUGGUUGGUGGUUGGAGCUCCGGUAGCAAACUCAUCUUCUCGUCCAUUGGUUCAAUCUCCAGGAGCUGUUUAUAGCUGCAAAAUCAGCGCUAAUUCCCGCAGAUGCCAGCACAUGCAUGCUGACAUGCAGGACUGUGGGAAGACAUGUGAAGCAGAGAGUGAUCAUCAGUGGCUGGGAGUCAGUCUGUCCAGACAACCUGGAGACAGUGGAGGACACAUCCUGGCGUGUGCUCACCGCUGGAAGAACGUCUACCACUCAAAGAGAGACAAUCAGAACAACAAGCUGCCUAACGGAGUCUGUUAUCGCUAUGGCAAGGAUUUGACACUUUUACAGCCCCUUACCCCCUGCUACAGAGACCACCAGAGGAAGUUUGGGGAGGAUUAUGGGUCAUGUCAGGCUGGUAUUUCCAACUUCCUGACAGAGGAUCUGAUCAUCAUGGGUGCUCCGGGGACAUCUUAUUGGACAGGUUCAGUUCUGGUCUAUAACACGUCUAGCGGAGGCAUUUCAGUGUACCUGGACAAUGACUCUGGAGUCGUCAGCUUUGGAAGCUACCUGGGUUACUCUGUUGGAGCCGGUCACUUCCUGAGUCCUGGUAGUGCGGAGGUGGUGGGUGGAGCUCCGCAAUACAACCAGAAGGGCAAGGUCUUCAUCUUCGCAGUGGACAACAACAUGCUGCGGGUCGUGUCUGAGGUGUCAGGAAAAGAGCUGGGCUCUUACUUCGGCUCCAGUGUGUGUGCGGUGGAUCUGAAUGCUGAUGGUUUGUCAGAUCUGUUGGUCGGCGCUCCCAUGGCAAUGGGCGUCGCCAGGGAGGAGGGACGAGUCCAUGUGUACAUCAACCAGGGGGAGGCCAAGCUGUUGGAGGCGGAGUUUCACCUGACUGGCAGCAACGCCUACGCCGCCCGGUUUGGAGAGUCCAUCGCUGACCUGGGAGACCUGGAUGAUGACGGUUACCCUGAUGUGGCAGUUGGUGCCCCACAGGAAGACGAUCUAAAAGGAGCCAUCUACAUCUACAACGGCAGGAAGGAGGGAAUCUCACCAACUCCAUCUCAGAGGAUUACUGGAUCCACCCUGGGUCAUGACCUCAGGAUGUUUGGCCAGUCACUGAGCUCUGGCAUUGACAUUGAUGAUAAUGGCUACAAAGAUGUGGCGGUCGGUGCAUUCCUCUCUGAUUCCGCUGUGGUUCUCAGAACCCGUCCGGUGGUUCGGGUGGAGGCGUCUCUGACUCUGCCUGAGCAGAUUGAUCAGCGGCUGGCACUGUGCAGAGAACACAAGACUCCAACUGUCUGCUUCAAUGUUACCGUCUGUUUCAGUGUUAGCUCCAAACACUACAGAGGAGCUAUAGAUCUUCAGUAUAAUUUGACCUCUGACCUCCUCCAUAAGCCAUCCUUCCCUCAUCGUUUCUAUUUCCAUGGUAAUGGGUCGUCCAAUAUCACAAGGGGUCAUGUGAGAGCACGACAUGGCCAUCUCACUUGUACAACACACGUGGCUUUCCAAAGGAAAGACGUGAGGGACAUUUUUACUCCUGUGCGGUUUGAGGUUUCCUACAGUCUCAAAGAGACAAAAACCCACAGAGCCACUUCUAAAACCUUUCCUCCAUUAAAACCCAUUCUGCAGCAGAGCGCAGGACACCUCAACACCAUCACCAAUCAGACACAGUUUGCUCGUUCCUGUUCUCUGGUGAACUGUUCGACUAAUAUGCAGCUGUCAGCUCAACUCGUGCUGCCACAUCAGCAGCAGUAUUUUGCUCUUGGCUCUGGACGGACUAUCAUGUUGAACGCCUCGCUGCUGAACUCUGGAGAUGAUGCCUUCCUGCCGCAAUUGAUGCUCCGGUUCCCCGACAACAUCCACUACAUCAAAGUACUGCAGAACGAGGACAACAUGGUGAGUUGUGAUGUCACACAGGAUGUCAACAGUACAACGGUUGGCGUUGUUUGCAGUGUUUCCAGCCUCGUCCUCCCGGCCCACGCCCAGAUCAAUAUCAGCUUCCUAUUGGAUGUUAACCAGAACAGCACACCUGGUGACAUCAUCAUUCGCACCAACACCAGCAGUGACAACUAUGAGUGGGAAGACUAUCUCCAUGACAACUCGGUCAGUCUGCUUCUUCCUCUCAGAUAUGGAGUUAACGUCAACAUCCACGGUUUUGUGACUCCCACCUCAUUUGUGUUUGGAGACGAAGACUUGACUCCAGUCAACUGCUACACUGAGAGAUUCAACUACACUUACAAGGUGUUAAACUCUGGUCCCAGCAGGUCAGUAGAUACUGUGGUUGACAUCAUGCUGCCGAAGACUCUCACACCUUACCGACACAGACUUCUGCAAGUGGUCGACUGGCAGUCGUCUCACGGUGUGUGUUCGAUCAGUGACACAACUAUUUCAGUUAUCGAAGACUGUGACGUCCCUCAAGCUUCCUUCAUCAAACAGCUUGUCUUCUUCUUCUCCUCCAGCUCCACCCGCAAAAUGUUCUGUGUCCAUGGUCAUGAUCUGUGUGAGCGGUUGGUGUGUCGUCUUGGUAACUUGGAGGCAGGGAGAGAAGCCACCAUCCAACUGGAGGUCAAAGUGAACCCUGCUGUACUACGGCAAGCUCCGGGUCGUCAGGGUAUCAUGAUGUUGGAGAGCACAGCAAUGAUGUCAUCUCCCAGAGAAGAUGCUCACACCACCGUGAUCCACGAACAACCUGAGGCACAGGUGGUGGUGGAAGCUCAUUUUACCCAGAAACCCUCAACAAUGGUGAAGGUCUUCAUCAUCGUCAUCAGUUUAGUUUUGGGUAUAAUGAUCCUGGCUGCUCUCAUCUGGUGUCUGUGGAAGGCUGGUUUCUUUAAUAGGAGCUUCCAGAAGACAGAGGAGUUCAACAGAGACAGCUGGGACUACGUUCCUAAAAGCGACAAACGCGAAAGCACUUCCUAACCACCUCUGAACAUGACCUCUGACCAUAAGGUGGAGUUCCCAUGGUGACUGUGCAACAGUUUAAAUGACAUAUGUGCUGAUGGAUGCCAUGAAGGGAGUGCUGUGUAAGAAAAUACAGCAAUCCAAUUUGUCCAAAACUAUAGAAACUAUUGCAGAUGAACGUCAUGGGCCAAUGAAAUGUGUUCCCGCUGUGUCAGAAGGUUUGACGUUACGCCCACAACAAGGCAGCCCAGCUAGUUUCAACACAGACCUUUGUGAGUGUGAUAGAUGAUAAAAUGUCUCAAGUGAACUUCUUCUGAACAUACCUGAAAACGGCCGUGACCUUUGACCUUUUCAACUAAUGUGCAACAUGCCUGAUGUGCCUUCACAAAUACAGACCAGCUAAAAGACUUGAAAAGGCUGCAGCAAUGAAUGGAGGAUCAACAAAAAAGGGAAGUGAAACAAUCAAAUGUGGACCAAUCAGAAGGCCUUGGGCUUGCUGGUUGUGACAUCAUGUUAUUGAUGACCUUCAUUCUGACUCUUUUGGAAAAAGUAAACCAAAGGAAGCAACUUUCUGGUGAGCUUUGAUCUCAGGGGAUGGAAACAUAGCCUCUGAUUGGCUCAUAGUUCUCUGGAGAACCUUCCAUUUGUCUGUGUACAUUUUGUUUUCUACAUUUUUGUUCACCUGCUGAUCAACACUUUAUGCACUAGUGACACACACACACAGAUACAAAGCAGACUCACUGGUCGUGUUGCAUCAUGUGAUGCCUGUAGCACACACACUGUUCAGACAGAAGUAGCAGUAGUCAAGCUGUGGCAGCCGGAUGGGCCAAUCCAGGGAGCAAAUGAAAAAUUGCUGAUUUCUGGAGUGUCGACACAUGUUGACGCUGGGAAACAGGACAGUGGCUCAUCCUGAAGCAGGGUAGUGAGCUAACCUGCAGCAACAUGCAUCCUGCCCCUGCUGCAUCUUGGGUGUACAAGAGGAAUCCAAAACCUAGUGUUUUUUAAUGCACAUGGCACAACAUCUGUGCAUUUUUCACUCUGGGCUCAUUUGGGUACUACCAGAGUUUGAUAAACACGUGGUUACUGUUCUAAUC